AUGGAAUCAAUCUCGGGUAGAGGAAACCGCGUCAGCAGAACAACGACUGUAAUAAAUCUGCAAUUAAGUGGCCACUGUUACUACAAUUUUCCCUGUUACAAAGAAUAUAUACCAUUGAAAACUUAUUUGGAGUUUAGAAUCUUGAAAAAUUACAAAGAAGCUAUCAGUGAAAGUAAUGAUCUCUCCCUUGGAACUUUAAAUGUCGGAGCGCGUAACUUGUUGUGGCCAAGGAUGCAGACAUCUCAGAACCAUGGGAGUUUAGAUGGGGCCACCAGAUUCUACAAUCAACCUCUCGAUGAGCUCGAGUCCUAUUUGUUAGCUCCAUUAGAUAAUCUAGAUCUCUGCACAAACUAUGAAGGUGGUAUUACACAAUUCUCUGUUCAAACACCUGAACAGCAUAGCACCAUCGAAUCAUCCACAGGAAGUGGAAGCUUACUUGCUUGUAAUUCUCCUUCUACUGUCAGUUUUUCACCCAAUGGAAGUCCUGUUUGUCAGCAGGAGCAUUCAUCAGAUAUGAAUCAUUCAAGUUACCAUAACUAUUAUUUGGAUGCAAACAUGUCUCAUUCAGUGGAUAAUGUUAAUGACCUGGAGCACAAAUUAAAAGAACUGGAGAAUGUUAUGCUGGGGCCUGAAACUCAAAUCUUGGAUGCACAAAAUACCAUUUCAGGUGCAGUUAAUCAAAAUUCACUGGAGGCACAGUUGUCCAAGCAAGCAGUAGAGAUGAUCCAGAGAAGAAACUUAAAAGAGAUCAUGGCUGCCUGUGCAAAAGCAGUCUCGGAUAAUGAUGUAUUGACUUAUGAGUGGUUGAUGUCUGAAUUACGCUUAAUGGUUUCAGUUUCUGGAGAACCACAACAGCGGUUAGCAGCCUACAUGUUGGAGGGGUUGGUUGCAAGAUUAUCCUCGUCGGGAAGCUCCAUCUAUAAAGCGCUAAGGUGCAAAGAGCCCACCAGUGAUGAGCUCCUGUCGUACAUGCACUUUCUCUAUGAAAUCUGUCCUUAUUUCAAAUUUGGAUAUUUGUCAGCAAACGGGGCCAUUGCAGAUGCAAUGAAAGAUGAAAACAGGAUACAUAUAAUUGAUUUUCAGAUUUCUCAGGGCAGCCAGUGGAUCACUCUGAUCCACGCUCUUGCUGCUCGGCCUGGUGGGCCUCCAGACGUCCGCAUUACAGGAAUAGAUGAUUCCACAUCAGCUUAUGCCCGAGGAGGUGGGCUUGAAAUUGUGGGUCAGAGGUUAUCAAUUAUAGCGGAAUCAUGUAAAGUACCAUUUGAGUUCCAUGCCAUGCCAAUUUCUGCUUGUGAUGUUGAGAGUGAACAUCUUAAGGUUCAGCCAGGGGAAGCACUGGCUGUAAAUUUUGCACUCAUGCUACACCACAUGCCAGAUGAGAGUGUUGCCACUGAAAAUCAUCGUGACAGAAUAUUGAGGAUGGUCAAGAACUUGUCACCAAAGGUUGUUACUCUAGUAGAGCAAGAAUCAGACACUAAUACAGCCCCAUUCUUUCCCCGGUUUAUGGAGACACUGGACUAUUACCUGGCUGUAUUUGAAUCGAUCGAUGUGGCUUUACCUAGGGAUCAGAAGGAACGCAUCAACGUCGAGCAAUUUUGUCUGGCUCGUGAUAUUGUCAACAUAAUAGCAUGCGAAGGGCCAGAGAGAGUGGAACGUCAUGAGCUUCUUGAAAAGUGGAGGCUACGCUUUUCUAUGGCUGGGUUUACUCCUUACCCGUUGAGCUCCUUUGUAAAUGCUACUAUCAAGACUCUGUUGGAGAACUACUGUAAGAACUACAGACUUGAAGAGAGAGACGGAGCUCUAUAUCUUGGCUGGAAGAAUAAGGAUUUAGUUGCAUCCUGUGCCUGGAAAUAA